AACGUCAAACCUAACCUAUCCAGUGAAUUGUCAAGGUCGGAGAAGUGGUUUUCGCUCUUAAUUUGAAGUGUCAGAGAAUUGGGUAUCUCUUAUCUCUGCUUUAAACACUUCAAAAUUCCAAGAAAUCUACGUGGAUGUAAACAGCUCAUGUAUGGGUUCAGUCAUUUCAUCUUUACCAAGAAAGCCUCCACUAAGUGUGAAUAUGAGCAGCCCUCAAGCAGAUAUGGUUCGCGACAUAAUCGCAAACAAUAAGGUUGUUAUAUUUUCUAAAAGCUACUGUCCUUAUUGUACAAUGGCCAAAGAGCAAUUUCGCAAACUUUCUGUAGCCGCACAUGUUGUUGAACUAGAUAGUCGUAAUGAUACUGAAGAAAUUCAAAACAUCCUUGGAGAGAUAACGGGCGGUAGAACCGUGCCAAGGGUCUUUAUUAAUGGAAAAUUUAUAGGGGGCGGCACAGAUGUUAAAAAAAUGUACGAGCAGGGAACUCUUCAAAAGUACUUUGCUUAAUGAUGGCGAUUGCAAAUACAUGAAAUUGUUUGAUAACAUUUUUUUGAAAUUAGGUAAAAAUGUAUUGUAUUGUAAAUUAUACCUUUUGAACUA